AUGACGAACGAUGAUAGUGAACAAUUCCCUGGUACCACCAAGCAGCAGGAUGCCAGAACUUCGAUCUCCGCGAUCUGGGAUUCCCUCUUCCGCCUCCCACCACCUCUGAAGCGCAUCUUUGACCAAACUCCUCUGGUCACAUAUCCGGAGAACGCGGCACCACUGCGCUCGGGGAAGAUUGAGCGGCGGAGGAAUGCCCUAUAUAUCUUCACCACGGACGAGGCGGCGUACAGGGGACAACCGAGCUUCAACCCUAGCUGCUUGAAAUGGCAGGCUUUUUUGAGAUUCGAAGGGUUGGAGUUCGUUACUGUUCCGAGCAGUAAUCAUGCUUCGCCUUCUGGGAGUUUGCCGUUUUUACUGCCGACUUCGGAUGCGAAGAAGGGGAGGGGUGCGCCGGUGGUGGGUGGGAAGUUGAAGCGGUGGGUUGCUGUGCAGCAGAAGGAGAAGGUGAAGAGCAAAGAGGUACAGGAGGACGUACGGUAUGAGGCUUAUGCGAGCCUGGUUGAUCAUGUGAUACGACGGGCUUGGCUCUACCAACUCUAUCUCGAUUCAGCCAACUACCCCCUCCUGCAUCGCUUGUACAUUGCUCCCUGCUCAAGCAACUCAUUUGUCCAACUCGCUAUGGCCCAUCAGCUUCACACAUCCGCCUCCGCCGAGAUCAUCAAGUCAAACUCCUCCUCCUCACCAUCAAAUACAAUCGACGAAGAUGAGAUUUUCCGGGGAGCAGAGGAAGCUCUUGCUGCAUUGGCAGAGCUACUGGGUGAUGAGCAAUGGUUCUUUGAUCAAGACAAACCCGGAUUGUUCGACGCAGGCUUGUACGCUUAUACGGAGCUGCUGCUUGACAAUGACUUCGGGUGGGCGGAGAACAGAUUAGGCGGUAUGCUCAGGUCUCACGCUGGGAUAGUGAAGCACCGUGAGACGAUACGAGAGAUGUACUUUUAG